GCGUGUUGGCGGGAAAGCUGCGGCCACGGCCCUUUCCCCCCCGAUGGUGAGGGGCAGCCGGCGGCGACGUGUCCCGGGCGGGUGGCUGUGGCCAGCAUGGACGCGGCGGAGGUGGAGUUUCUGGCUGAGAAGGAGCUGGUCACCAUAAUCCCAAACUUCAGCCUAGACAAGAUCUACCUCAUCGGGAGUGCUUCAGACAACAUCCCGAAAGCAGAUGAGAUCCGGACCCUGAUCAAGGAUGUGUGGGACACUCGCACAGCCAAGCUACGGGUGUCUGCUGACAGCUUCGUGAGACAGCAGGAGGCACAUGCCAAGCUGGAUAACCUGACCUUGAUGGAAAUCAAUACCAGUGGGGCCUUCCUCACACAAGCCCUCAAUCACAUGUAUAAACUCCGUACAAACCUGCAACCUUCUGAAAGCAUCCAGUCCCAAGACUUCUAGAGAAAGACCUGAACUUGUAAAGAAAGGCCUUGCAUCUGCUGGCCGGAGGCUUGCCGGGUGGUGUGAGUGCUCAAGACAUGAUAGAGGGGAGGAGGCCCACAGAACAGGCCUUCGUUCUCUUCAAGUCGUUUUUGCGGAGAGGAAGGCGCUUGUUGACUGCUGCUAAUACUGGCGGCACUUUUUGUCUGAGUUUGCUAAUAACUGGAAGAUUCUUGGCAGACAUACAAAGCAAACGGUGUGGGAACAGAUAAAGCAACGCAGUGCCAUCUGCCAGCAAGCUGUUCUGCACAGCUAAGGUCUGGGGCUGAGGGUGCGGCCACUGAUCGCAGUGAGUAGCCUUCCUGAAGGUCAGCCAGCCCUUCCCCUGACCCGGGGUGAAGGGGACAGUGGCCAUCAAGACUCUUGCCUCCACUCCCACCCCCGACAGACCAACCACUGGCUGCUUUGGCCUCCGGUUUAGGCCCAUUCGGCAAGAGAUUAUCUGCUUGAUCUAGAUUAGGCACUGCCUGAAUAAGCAGUAACUGGGACGAGAAGGAAACACUCUUUGCACUAAGAUGGCCUUCCUAGUUUCUAGCCGCUCCUGUGCUCUUAACAGUAAGUUCCCGAGAGGAGGAGGAGUUCAGCUCAGACAUUGUUUACCCUACUUUUAGGCUUUUACAAAGCUUUGCAUCUAAAUAAAGCUUCUAAAGUUUCUACUUUG